UGUUUUGGUCACGUGUUGUGUUUGUGUUGGGAAGGUGCUGUAGCUAGCUAACAGAAUGUUAAUGAUGGAAACCUCGACAUUAUCAUUUAGUUUGAAGUGUAAUAUGGUAUAAAAUGUUCAACGUUACUGUUAUUUAGCUGGAAAGCUGUAUGUCAGUAAUGUUUUAUUGCUUUACCUGAAAACACACACACACACACACACACACACACACACACACACACACACACACACGCACGCACAGUAAACAGAGAGGACAUGCGUUCCCUGAGUUUUGUUCAGCGUGUGUGUUUGGACUUCACAGGUUCUCUGUUUCCUCAUGCUAUCUGCCUCGGAGACGCCGAUAAUGACUCUUUAAAUGAACUUGUGGUCGGCGACACCAGUGGGAAGUUAUACAUCUAUAAGAAUGAUGACUCCAAGCCCUGGAUCACUAGAACAUGUGUAGGAAUGCUCACCUGUGUGGGAGUAGGAGACCUCUGUAACAAAGGCAAGAACCUCGUGGUGGCUGUAGGUGCAGAAGGCUGGUUCCACCUGUUUGAUAUCACCUCCGCUGCAGCCAAAGCCGAAUCCUCCAGCCAGCCCGAGUGUUUGUUCGGGGACGACCAGAAGCCGUGUUUUACACAGCACAUCCCAGCUAACACGAAAGUCAUGCUCAUCAGCGACAUCGACGGUGACGGACGCAGCGAGCUGGUCGUGGGCUACACCGACCGCGUAGUGCGAGCUUUCCGCUGGGAGGAGCCGUCUGAUGCCACAGACCUGACUUCUGGUCAGCUAAUUCUGCUGAAGAAGUGGCUUUUGGAGGGACAGGUGGACAGUUUAUCAGUAAACCCGGCUCCAGACGGCAGGCCUGAGCUCAUGGUCUCUCAGCCAGGCUGUGGUUACGCCAUCCUGCUCUGUUCCUGGACACAAGAUGGCAGUGCAACGACAGGAGAGAGCCGUGUGGCAGAAUCUGCAGGAGAAGGGCCCUCUAGAGACGUGGUUCUUCAUCUGACCACCGGCCGCAUUCAUAACAAGAACGUGUCGACCCAUUUGAUAGGCAGCAUCAGUAGGGGAUCGAAGGAUGAUGACUCAAAAGGAGGCUUAUUUGCUCUCUGUACUUUAGAUGGGACCCUGAAGCUCAUGGACAGCUCUGAGCAGCUCCUGUGGUCAGUGCAGGUGGAUCACCAGCUCUUCGCACUGCAGAAACUGGAUGUUACAGGUGACGGCAGAGAGGAGGUGGUGGCGUGUGCCUGGGACGGCCAGACUUACAUCAUCGACCAUAAUCGCAUGGUCGUCCGAUUCCAGUUUGAUGAGAACGUGAAUGCUUUCUGUGCCGGGCUGUACGCGUGCAAGCAGGGCAAGAACAUCCCUUGUCUGGUGUAUGUGAGCUUCUGUCAAAAGAUCUACGUGUACUGGAGAGUCGAACUGGAGUGCAUGGAACCCACCAGCCUCAGGAGAGUGUUGGAGCAGAGACCAGAAUAUACAGAUCUGCUGAGCAAGCUGGGAGUGGACGCAAGUGACGCAGAAGCCGUUCGGAAGCUAAUCGGGGGCGUACUUUACGGAGAUCCGGUAUGACGAGAGAAAAAAAGAUAACACCGAGUACUUUUCAUAAAUGUUUUAUUGAUCUUUGAUUAAAUGUCUUCAGAAUCUUACUGUUCA